AUGAUUAAACACAUUCGAGUCAUUCUCAUAGGCCUACUGACAGCAGUUGCUGCCCUACCGUUGGACCAAUCGUGGCAACUGGUCCCCAACUCGGAUGGUUUUCUACACUUGGUAAAUGUCAACCCGUACAACCUGCCUGAUGUGGAUCCCGAAGAAGCCGUGCCUUUGUUCGUGCCAGAAACCGACAUAGUCUUUCGACUAUUCACGAGAAGUAAUCCAACCGAGCAUCAGCUGUUGGAAAUCGGUAACCCUGCCUCAAUUACCGGAUCGAACUUCAAUGCUGCACAUCAGACCCGCUUCACUAUUCACGGUUGGGGUGGCGGAGGCCACGAUGGUACCGGUAGUGGAUUCCGUAAUGCACUGCUAGCAGUCGGUGAUUUCAACGUGAUUACAGUGGAUUGGAGUGUUGCAGCCGGUAACCCCAAUUACAUUGCUGCUCGCAAUCAAGUUGGACCAGCUGGCAUCGGAGUAUCCUUAUUAAUUGAUGACCUGAUUGCUCAUGCAGGAGCCAGUCCGAACGAUAUCUACGUCACUGGUCACAGUUUGGGUGGACACGUUGCCGCUAAUACCGGUAAAGCACAAGGAGGCCGACUACAUACGAUCAUUUCUCUCGAUCCCGCGGGUCCCCUAUUUUCUGCUGGACAAGAUGAUGCUCUUUCACCACAGGAUGCACAGUAUGUAGAAACAAUUAUGACCAACGCUGGUCUGCUAGGUGCCGGCGUACCACUGGGACAGGCAAAUUUCUACCCGAACGGAGGACGUACGCAGCCCGGUUGCGGUAUCGACAUCAGCGGUAAUUGCGCCCACGGACUGGCGUCAACGUUCUAUGUUGAAUCGAUCGGAUCUUCGACCCCAUUCCGCUCGACAAGGUGCGCAAGCCACGACGAAAUUCUGGAGGGGCUUUGUACUCCUAGUGGGCCCGAUGCCAAUAUGGGAGGCGAACCGUCCAAUCACGGUCGCGGAGUUGAGGGUAUUUACUUCCUGACGACUAAUGCCGAAUCGCCGUUUGCGCAGGGUUAA